CCCUGUGACCGAAAAAACAGGCAGGGAGACGGUGGGGUGGAGUACAGGAAGCCGCUAUCCCUGAGUAGCUGAACAUGGGCGAAAUCUAAUAACUACACCAAUCACUGCUUCUUUUUUCCUUCCCUUCGGAACUAGAGGCUGCGGGAGAGCUGUGAUAUUUAUUUUUUUUUCCUGGAUUGAAUCGGAGAUUUAACCGAACAGCGAGAAGAUGUCUCGGGGAGUGAUCCAGCCCAGCCAGCAGAAACUGGCAGAAAAACUCACCAUCCUCAACGACAGAGGCAUCGGGAUGUUGACCCGUGUUUACAAUAUCAAAAAGGCAUGCGGCGACCCCAAGGCUAAGCCCUCCUAUCUCGUUGAUAAGAACCUGGAGUCUGCGGUUAAAUUUAUCGUCAGGAAGUUCCCUGCUGUGGAGACACGCAAUAAUAACCUGGCUCAGCUGCAGAAGGAGAAGUCAGAGAUCCUGAAGAACCUGGCUCUCUACUAUUUCACCUUUGUAGAUGUCAUGGAAUUCAAGGACCAUGUGUGUGAGCUGCUGAACACUAUCGACGCCUGCCAGGUCUUCUUUGAUAUUACGGUGAACUUUGACCUGACCAGGAACUACCUGGACCUGGUGGUGACUUACACCACUCUGAUGAUAAUACUGUCUCGCAUAGAGGAGAGGAAAGCCAUCAUAGGACUGUACAACUACGCCCACGAGAUGACACAUGGAGCCAGCGACCGGGAGUACCCCAGGUUGGGCCAGAUGAUUGUGGAUUAUGAAAACCCUUUGAAGAAGAUGAUGGAGGAGUUUGUUCCACACGGAAAGUCGCUGUCAGAUGCGCUGAUCAGUCUUCAGAUGGUCUACCCCAGGAGGAAUCUGUCCGCUGACCAAUGGAGGAACGCCCAGCUGCUCUCUCUCAUCUCUGCCCCCUCCACCAUGCUCAACCCCGCUCAGUCAGACACUAUGCCGUGUGAAUAUCUGUCACUGGACACGAUGGAGAAGUGGAUUGUUUUUGGUUUCAUCCUGUGUCAUGCAGUGCUGAACAGCGACGCAGCAGCGUUGUCUCUGUGGAAGUUGGCUCUGCAAAGCUCCACCUGCCUCUGCCUGUUCAGGGAUGAAGUCUUCCACAUCCACAAGGCCGCAGAGGAUCUGUUUGUGAACAUCAGAGGGUACAACAAACGCAUCAACGACAUCAGAGAGUGCAAAGAGCAGGCCCUGUCUCACGCGGGCUCCAUGCACAGAGAGAGACGCAAGUUCCUCAGAUCAGCUCUGAAGGAGUUGGCUACUGUUUUAGCCGAUCAGCCUGGACUGCUGGGUCCUAAGGCGUUAUUUGUGUUCAUGGCCUUGUCCUUUGCCCGGGACGAGAUCAUCUGGCUGCUUCGACACGCAGACAACAUCCAGAAGAAAAGCACAGACGACUUCAUAGACAAACACAUAGCAGAGUUGAUCUUCUACAUGGAGGAGCUCAGAGCUCAUGUCAGGAAGUACGGCCCCGUGAUGCAGCGAUACUACGUCCAGUACCUUUCUGGCUUCGAUGCCGUGGUGCUGAAUGAACUGGUGCAGAACCUGUCUGUGUGUCCAGAGGAUGAGUCUAUAAUCAUGUCUUCAUUUGUCAACACUAUGACGUCUCUCAGUGUGAAACAAGUGGAGGAUGGAGAGGUGUUUGACUUCAGAGGCAUGAGGCUGGACUGGUUCAGACUGCAGGCCUACACAAGUGUCUCUAAGGCCAGUCUCGGUAUCGCCGAUCACAAGGAGCUCGGGAAAAUGAUGAACACCAUCAUCUUCCACACAAAGAUGGUGGAUUCUCUGGUGGAGAUGCUGGUGGAGACGUCAGAUCUGUCCAUUUUCUGCUUCUACAGCCGUGCAUUUGAGAAGAUGUUCCAGCAGUGCCUGGAGCUUCCCUCCCAGAGCCGACACUCCAUCUGCUUCCCUCUGCUCUGCACACACUUCAUGUCCUGCACACACGAGCUCUGCCCCGAGGAGCGUCACCACAUAGGGGAUCGAAGCCUGUCGUUGUGUAACAUGUUUCUGGAUGAGAUGGCCAAACAGGCCAGAAACCUGAUCACUGACAUCUGCACUGAACAAUGUACACUCAGCGACCAGCUGCUUCCCAAGCACUGUGCGAAAACCAUCAGCCAGGCCGUGAACAAGAAGAGCAAGAAGGCGACGGGGAAGAAAGGCGAGCCGGAGAGGGAGAAACCGGGAGUGGAGAGCAUGAGGAAGAACAGACUACUGGUCACCAAUCUGGAUAAACUCCACACAGCGUUAUCUGAACUCUGCUUCUCCAUCAACUACGUUCCCAACUUGGUGGUCUGGGAGCACACUUUCACACCGAGAGAGUACCUCACCUCACACCUGGAGAUCCGAUUUACCAAGUCCAUAGUGGGGAUGACUAUGUACAACCAGGCUACUCAGGAGAUAGCCAAGCCCAGUGAGCUGCUGACCAGCGUACGGGCCUACAUGACCGUGCUGCAGUCCAUAGAGAACUACGUCACCAUCGACAUCACCCGGGUCUUCAACAACGUGCUCCUGCAGCAGACGCAGCACCUGGACAGCCACGGUGAACCCACCAUCACCAGUCUGUACACAAACUGGUACUUGGAGACGCUGCUCCGUCAGGUCAGUAACGGACACAUCGCCUACUUCCCCGCCAUGAAGGCCUUCGUCAACCUGCCCACCGAGAACGAACUGACUUUCAACGCUGAGGAAUACUCCGACAUCUCUGAGAUGCGUUCGCUGUCAGAGCUGUUGGGGCCGUACGGUAUGAAGUUCCUCAGCGAGAGUCUGAUGUGGCACAUCUCAUCACAGGUCGCAGAGUUGAAGAAACUGGUGGUGGAGAACAUGGAGGUUCUGACCCAGAUGAGGACGAGCUUUGACAAACCAGACCACAUGGCUGCGCUCUUCAAGAAGCUCACCUCUGUGGACAGUGUUUUGAAGAGGAUGACCAUCAUUGGAGUCAUUUUGUCCUUCCGCUCCCUCGCUCAAGAGGCUCUGAGAGAUGUGUUAUCCUGUCAUAUUCCUUUCCUGGUCAGUUCGGUGGAAGAUUUCAAGGACCACAUUCCCCGAGAGACGGACAUGAAGGUGGCCAUGAAUGUCUACGAGCUGUCGUCAGCAGCGGGUUUACCCUGCGAGAUCGACCCGGCUCUGGUGGUGGCUCUGUCCUCGCAAAAAAGUGAGAACAUCAGUCCAGAGGAGGAGUAUAAGAUCGCCUGCCUGCUAAUGGUGUUUGUGGCCGUUUCACUGCCGACGCUGGCGAGCAACGUGAUGUCCCAGUACAGCCCUGCCAUCGAAGGCCACUGUAACAACAUCCACUGCCUGGCCAAAGCCAUCAACCAGAUCGCUGCUGCUCUCUUCACCAUCCACAAGGGAAGCAUAGAGGACCGCCUCAAAGAGUUCCUGGCUCUGGCCUCAUCCAGCCUGCUGAAGAUCGGCCAGGAGACGGACAAGAUGACGACACGUAACAGAGAAUCUGUCUACCUGCUGCUGGACAUGAUCGUGCAGGAGUCUCCCUUCCUGACCAUGGACCUGCUGGAGUCCUGUUUCCCCUAUGUCCUGCUGCGAAACGCCUACCACGCCGUCUAUAAACAGAGCAUCAGCGCUAAUGCAUAGAAAACACAGUAAACACACAGCAAAAGGCCCCAAUAUGCUGUCUACCAUCAGCGCUUUAGCGCUCGUGCGACAACAAACACACACUAACAGCGUACACUAGAGACAAACUAAACACUAAACUAUGCCUACAAUGCCUCAGCGUACUAUCCUGACAACGAAAACACAGUCGGCGUCGACAUGCGCACACACAAAAUGUCGACACCCGCAUGACACCGAACGUGUAGCAUUUAAACAAGACCACACUAAAUCCAGAACAAAAUGCUGCACACUAAACUAAACUCCAAAAGAAGAUGUAAAACACACACAAUUCAUUCCACAAAGUCAAAACAGAAAAAGAAGAAACACUGAAAUUAGGCAGAAACAUAAACGCAGAUACACACUAGCUGGAUGAAGUUGGGGGAUCAGUGUCUUUAUUUUAAUCAUUGUACUUUUUUCAUGAUGUUGCCAGGGACCAUAACCAUAGCAACACAUAAUAUACCAUAUGUUUGGUUGGUAUAAAAGAACAAAAAUAUAAAUAUAUAGUAUAUAUAUA